GCGGUAAAACAAAUUCUUAAUACAAAUAUUAGGAGUCGAUUUUACCUUUAACUCUAACAUUACCGCAACUACCUAUGUAGAAUUGUAAUUGCGGCACUGCCCAACUCUCUCUCCUCCAUCAGCAUUCCGGCACUGCCAGUAUUCUUGGUUUUAUUACUGUACGAACGAGUAGACUAUCGAAGACACAACAAGAGUCGAGUCUCUCAUCGUCACGCUUCCAUUUACAUGUACCGCUUCCAUUUAUUCGCCGAGCUCUCGUCUUGAUCCGCUCUCCCUUUUCUUCCACAAGCGCUUUCCCUUUUGUAGUACCGUAUUAUUUUUUAAAUUAAAAAGCAAACCCAACAAUUAACAACAAUGGGAACCAGUUCUUCCUCCAACGCUGUCGACGGCAGAAUCAGCGGCAAUGGCAAUUCGCAGAACAACGCUGCCAGUCCAGCGGCGACAACAGACGCGGCCAAUAACAACAGUACGUCGGCGGACGCUAACUUGUCGCGGCCUUUUGGUAUUACGGAGCGCUCUCGCACUCUGUCGGCCAACGACCAGUUCCAGACCACCACUGUGGCACCCAUACUAGUACAAGACGACAGUAGUGCUCCAAACAGAGGACGAGAGAGACAACGAGAGGCGGCAGAGCUUCCGGCGCGAUGCAUUAACCCUGCGUCGGAUGUCAACGCUCGUCUCGACACUCAGGUAGAAGUUCGUGUCUAUCCCUGCAACAACAACCAAAGCGGAGGAAAGAAAAAGUUCACCACCUUUACUAUCAAACCAGAGGGAGUCAUUGUGCAGGGUUCCAACCGCAACCGCAAUACCAACGCCGUCGAUAUCGGAGCCGAGUAUGCCCAGCAUGUCGGGAGAAAACUUCAGCGCUAUGAGCUCUCCGACACUCGCGCGUGUCAGUUGUUGGUCACCACCCAUGCCAAGUCGUUUUGGGUCGUACCUGCUCCAGAGGCAUUCUCUCGACACUCGGGAACCUGCCGCUUGUUGGGAGACCGCAAACACCCUCCUGCUCCUCAAACUCUCCAGGUGGGAGAUUUUCUGCGCGUUGGUUCUGUCGGUGUAGUUGUCAUUGAGACCCAUGAUGGAGUCGAGAACCGCAUCUUGAGUGAAGAAAAAAUUCAAAAGAUUAUGAAGGACACUACCAAUACCAAUGGAGGAUUCUUGGACUUGGCCGAGACCGACGGAGAAAAUUCGGAUGAUUCCAUGAAUGGUGAAACCGGUCCAGGCCCGAAAACUACCACCGGACCGUCGCCUCCUGUUGGAUCCGUUCGAGAAUUCGGCGACAAUCCAGUCUGUUACAUGUGCUUUGAUGAAGAGGACUCGGAAGACAACCCCCUGAUUACUCCUUGCAAGUGCAGUGGUGACACAAAGUAUGUCCACGUGGAGUGCUUGCGAAAGUGGCACACUGCCGAGGCAGACAACCUGAUUUGCUUCCUCUCCUCGGUCGAUGCGACGUGCUCCGUCUGUAAGAGCACUUUCAAGUCCGAUUUCAAACUCAAGGACGGUCGCCAUGUCAAGUUGUUCAAAUCAUCUUUGGAGCCUCCCUAUGUGUCCUUGUUGGUGGCUACCAAACACGAGAUGGCCCAGCGUCUCUUCAAUACACGUUUCCAGCUUUCAUUUAGCACCCUUUUGAAGCCAGAUGGCCGAAACGCCACGAGGCCCCUGCUUCUUGGCCGUUCUUCCGGAUCCGACAUGGUUUUGGACUACCGUACAGUUUCGGCUAGGCACGCAGCAAUCCGUUUCAAGAAUGGAGAGUUUGUUUUCACUGAUGCGGGAUCUUCCAAUGGGUCUUACUUGUACCUACGCAGACCAUUGGAAUUGUCCCCGUCCCAGCCCGUACAAUUCCGUCUGGGACGGUCAAUGAUCUCCAUGAAAGUCGUAAACAAGUGGAAUCGCCGUUUGCUCCGUGCCGUUCGCCGCACCGGACAGAGUGGAUCCAACAGAGAAGUCCAGGAAGAGGAAGGCGAAGCGGAUGAUAGAUCCAUUGGAAGCAAUGACGAUGAUAUCCGUAUCACCGAUGGGAAGACCGGAUUGGUCACAAAAACGGUGGAGCGCCGGACAAGGGACAGCGUGAUGCGUGGUUUGCCUCCUCCUGGACAGCUUUCGCAGCAGUCUGCCAAGCAUCUCGACUUGUUGUACGCCUUGGCUUACCCCAAGAGAGAAGCCAAGGAACUUGCCAGGGCUGCACAUCCCAAGACCUUGGACGAAGGGGACGGCAAGAGCGAAGACAAUGCUGUAGCUGAAAUCGCAAUGCCUCUGUAAUCGACAACUGGUACUGCAACUCAGGAAACCUAAGCCAAAAAAGGAAGUCGAAAGAUGGCUUAGGAAAUGGUUUUUGUUUGGUCGACGAUUAACGGUUGUUAAUUUAGUUAUACAGUACUGAAAGCAAAGUAAAAAGCAAAAUUGAAAGAAG